GUAAGCAAGUGGGAGUGGAGUUGGGUAAGAGAGCGCGAAGCGGCCGCGUUGAUCAGAGAUUUUAUUUAUAUUUUUACCGAGCAUCGUCGCGAGGAACAUGGUCGGCAAUCCCAGUUCUGUAGCCUCAUUCUGCGCAUCCCUGCGCAGCUUCUGUCACAGCCUCCUCCGAAUACGACGGCCCCCCACCUGCUGUGAUACUCAUCGCGGCUUCCAGCUCCCAUCUCCAAGCCUGGCUUAGCCUCUUCCUCCCCCCCCCCCCCCCCCUGCAAAAGCCACGCUCUUUUCGCCUUUUCUGUACAAAUUGUGCCCCCCCCCCAUUCAUCGAUCUCUGGAGGCUUGGUUCUUCUUUCUCACGCCCGAUCUUGUUUCUGUGAGGAGGUGCGUCUUCUUCACUUGCCAACCGCUUUCCGUUUGCCCCCCUCCCCCCUCAAGGCUUGCAGUCUUCCGGCAUUCAGAUAGCUCCCUCUUUCAAACGCACCAACUGCGUUUUUGGUUCCACUAUUCUCUCUUCUUUUGCUCUUCGGGUCGAGACUUGGUUUUUUGUUACAUCAGGUCGUAGUUUACAAGCAGCAGGGAAUUUGGUGGCGGUGGGACAGGAUCCUCGUCGUUUGAGGGUCUGGGCCGUGUGUUCGUAAACAUUGCCACCAGUUUGAGAUAGCGUGUUUGUGCAAUCUUCUGUCAAUAUUCGGGUAUUGUUUUUGGUCCCUCUGAUUGCGCUUGGUCCAUUCUACCGCAGUUCCUGAAAAUCGGUGACUACGGAUCCACAGAGAGUCAAGAUGAGGAUACAGUGUGACGUAUGUCAGAAGAAUCUCGCCUCGGUCAUGUGCUGUGCGGAUGAGGCAGCGCUCUGUGCCCAGUGCGACGCUAGAAUGCACACGGCCAACAAGUUCGCCAACAAACAUGUCCGUGUUGCUUUCAACGCGGCACCGGAACCGCCUAAGUGUGACAUUUGCCAGGAAAACAGAGGGUUCUUCUUCUGCUUGGAGGACCGAGCGUUGCUCUGCCGUGACUGUGACGUGUCUAUCCACACCGCUAAUACGCUCUCCUGCAAUCACCAGCGCUUUUUGGUGCCAGGAACGAAGGUGGCUCUGGAAGAGGUCGAAGAUGAUGCGGAGCCACUCACUCCAGAACGGACCUCGUCGAUGCCAAGCCCGGCCGCUUCAUCUAUUUCGCAAUCAUCGAAUUGCAGUCGCGCAUCGAUGUUCUCUAGCCCGACUUCAAUUCUUCGAGGCCCCCGAGACCCCACCAGCCAAACUGCGAAUACUAAGACUGAAACAGCAUGCAAGGUUCCAUCAGUGUUUUCGUUCUCUCCCUGCUGCCCACCUACGUACUCAGGAAACGUUCAAAGUGUUUCGGAGAUGAAGGUUAGCCAGGAGUAUCAUGCACCUGCUGUCCCACAGAUGACGUCGCAACCUUCCAUGGGUGCUCAAAAUGCUGCAUGCAUGAAGAAGAGCAGCAUCUCUGAGUUUUUGACGGAUGCAGUGCCCGGGUGGCGAGUAGAUGAGAUUCUUAACUUCGCCGACUGCACGGAGAACUUUAACACUACUGACUUCGCCUCUACGAAGGUGGAUAGCAUGAUUGCCGUUGGAGGAGACUACGACUGGACCUCUGAUCUGAGCCUGUUUGAGGAGCAGAUGUUUGCCAUGCACGAAGUGCCGCAGUUCCCAGCACCUGAAGCACAGCUUGCUGCCCUGCCGAGGUCUAUGCGUGCCCCAAGGCACAUCCGCAACAAGCCCAAGCAAGAAGUAUUCCUUCCCAAUGGCUAUGAGGACGCUUUCAUUGUUCCCGACAUUAGAGUCCUUUCAGGCACCGUGUCACCUCCAGUGCCGAAGAAGAUGAAACGUGAUUUUUAUCACAUUUAAAAAGAAAACCAAAAAAAGUCUAGCUAUGUCCAGGAUUUCUGCAAAAAGCUCUCGCCAGCCAAGGCACGUGACUCCCUCUCCAACUGUCCAUCGAGGGUCUCGCGGCAUCUCUCGACUCCGCAAGAACACAGUGACGAGUGAAUUCACGUCUUGCUAGAUGGGGUUGUAAACGCACAGAUCAUCCAGAAACUUCCCCAUGUUCUUCGAGAGCUCCAUUCUAUGUACUCCUCCACCCCGGGUAAGCAAGUGGCUGCGUAUGUUCAACUAGUGCAUAAAUUUUGCUGGUGAAGAAUUUGCCUGUCGGCCUUUUUCCCAGCAUGGGUGUGUUCCAUGUCAGAGAGCUCGUUUCUUGCCGAGCUGGUGCAACUUGAAGACGAUGACGGCCGCGUUUGCGUUUUUCAAUAGUUUGUCCACCGCAAGAAUGUCAGUACUUAUUUUUGGAGCAGACUCCAUCACCACCAUCAUCUGGUGUGUUUUUCCACAUCUCUCCCGACUUGAGUGGAAAUGUGAAUAGCGACGAGCAUUGCAGCGGCAACUGCGAGACAGUUUUUCACCUGAAGAAGAGCCUUGUAUACCCAUCAAACCAUCGUAAAACGGUGGCGGGUUUUUCCUAACCAACUUUCUUAUUUGGGUAACUGGGCUUAUCGCCCAGACUGCUCCCUGCAGCCACGCGGGUCAAUAGCUGCCGCAUUUGUUAGCAGGUGUUUGAUCAUCGGAGCGCAUUAUCAGAUUGUUGAGUUCGUCAUGCAAGAGGAUGAUAGUGGCGCCUGAGCGUCUUUAGUAGCUCAGGUUGCUUCUACUUUUUUGCAAUCUUUUUUCACCCGUCUGUCUUAUCACAGCAGGUUGAUCGCAGCGAUGAUGUUAUCAUCUGUAAAUCCCACUUCCAUGUACAGUCUAAUGUGAUAGUGCUAACUUCGCACCAUUCUCUUAAGAGAAAUGAAAAAUUGCUACCCGCCAUGUUUCUCUCGAA